CUCAAUCUAUCGAGACUCGAGACCGGAUGGUCGUGAGUCGACAGGAGCACUGCAACAUUCCGUCUGGAGUACGAACGUGAAUCUAAGACUGUCGAUCUUUAAAAUACUGGCACGGUACUUGGAGAUCUUUUAAGGCGCCUAGGUCUCUCGCCCACUCAAAUCGUCCGCCCGCGGACUGUCAAGAAAGCUUGUAUCAUUGCUGUCGUAAGAGCGAGGAAGGCAGCGAGCUCCUUCUUCGGCCUGCGAACGAAUAGCAAGAAAGAAAGAAGACACAUUUUCCAAGAAAUCGAUGGCAUCGGCGGUGAGUGCAGGUGCGAUGGCCAAUCUUUCUCUUUAUAGCACCGGCAGCUGCUCGUCCCUUGUAUCGAGCUCGAGUGGGAGACCUCUGAAGAUUACAUUGCAGCAGAAGAGGAGGGUGUACUUGAGAAGUGCGAAGAAUCAGGUGGAGAGAAGGCUCUCUGUCGUGUGCUCUGUUGGGGCUAAGGAGCGGACCGUCCCGGAGCUGAACGAGGGAAUCGCCAAUUUCUAUAAUGAGUCGUCUGGAAUCUGGGAGGAGGUCUGGGGGGAGCAUAUGCACCACGGCUAUUACGAUCCAAAUUCGAAAGACGCCGGGGAUCAUAAAGAGGCUCAAAUUCGCAUGAUCGAAGAGUCUUUAGCCUGGGCUGGAAUUCCAGAGGAUGAAGAGAACAAGCCUCGAACCGUGGUGGACGUGGGCUGUGGAAUCGGAGGAAGUGCCCGUUAUUUGGCCAGGAAGUACAAUGCGAACGUGAAAGCCAUCACCCUGAGUCCAAUACAGGCUCAGAGAGGAACUGCAAUAACAGCUGAUCAAGGCUUGUCAAAAUCGGUAAAUUUCCAGGUUGCCGACGCUCUGAAGCAGCCAUUUUCCGAUGGCGAGUUCGAUUUGGUUUGGUCGAUGGAGAGUGGAGAGCACAUGCCAGACAAAAGGAAGUUCGUGCAAGAGCUAGCACGGGUUGCUGCACCGGAUGGACGCAUUCUGAUCGUUACCUGGUGUCAUCGAGACCUCAAGCCAGCUGAACUGUCUCUUUCUCCCGAAGAAUUGGAACUCUUGGACAAGAUAUGCGAUGCAUACUACUUACCUGCGUGGUGCUCACCUUCUGACUACGUAAGAAUUGCAGAAAGCAUUGGUUUGAAGGAUGUCAAAUCCGCUGACUGGUCGGAAUACGUCACUCCUUUUUGGCCCGCUGUUAUGGUUUCUGCAUUGAGUUUGAAAGGCCUGUUUGGGCUUGCAAAAGCAGGUUGGACCACUAUUAAGGGAGCUUUAGCUAUGGGGUUAAUGGUGCAAGGCUACCAACGAGGGCUCAUCAAGUUUGCACUCAUCACGGCCCGUAAGGCGUCGUAGUCGGAUUUCUCACAAUUUUGCACCUGUGCAGCUUGUUAGUUGGCGGGGCCAGUGUCCAUUGAUGUGCUGUAUGAUCACUUUGUGUAAAUAUCAUUUGUCGCAACGGAGUUAGGUACACAAACUUGCAUUUUGUGGGAUGGUUCGAGCGUGCUUGUUGUCCGAAGAUGAACACAAGACAUCUUCUAUCAGAGCUUUCUCUCUAGUCUUGAAGAAGCUUGGAUCAUCUCACUUUGCUGACGUCUGAAAUUAGCAGCCUGACAACGUAGCUGUUUCCAUUCUUCCACACCUAGCACCUGUGCCGAGCUUAUGUCCAGAAACACGCUGUUACUUGCUACAGAAUCCGUCGCCAAUUCUUAAUGCUCGAGUUAGAGUUCUCGGAAUGGCUCUCAAGACUGGCAGGCUUCUUUAUAACGCACCCAUGUUUCAUAGAGAAUGGUGUUACAAUUAUUUACUUCAAGACUCUUCUUUUCUUGUUGAAACUUAAGUUCCUGGCAACACUUCAUUGUCAGCAAACCAUGAUCUGAGUUGUUAUUAGCAUUGCGCUGUAUUUACG